AUGGGGCUCCUGUCUUUGCUUCGGAAGCUUAAAAAGACAAAAGGAGAGGCCCGCAUCCUGGUGUUGGGGCUUGACAAUGCUGGCAAGACCACCAUCUUGCGAAAGCUGUCAGAUGAAGACAUUACCACCAUCACCCCCACCCAGGGCUUCAAUAUAAAGUCGCUGAUGCAUGACGGCUUCAAGCUAAACGUCUGGGACAUAGGAGGCCAGAAAGCAAUCAGAAGCUAUUGGAAGAACUACUUCGAGCAGACGGAUGCACUCCUGUAUGUCAUUGAUAGCUCGGACAAGCGGCGGCUUGAGGAAACGGGCGACGAGCUGAGCCGGUUACUGGAAGAGGAGAAGAUGACAAACGUCCCGUUGCUAGUUCUGGCGAACAAGCAGGACCUGAACAGCGCUCUGCCGGCAGACGAAGUAGCCAACGGACUCAACCUUUUCUCCAUCCGAGAUCGACCAUGGCAAAUACAGCCGUGUUCAGCCAAAACCGGGGACGGUCUUCAAGCGGGGAUGGAGUGGCUUGUCAAGCAGGUUGGUCGGCCGCGGCGCACGUGCGCACGCAAAACCGCGGGGAUGCAAUCGUGGCUCUUCAUCGGUGUUCUGAGCGCGCUCGCGUUUCCCGCGACCUUCGGGUGCUUUGCUAUGCUUUUCUACAUGAGCAUUGCACUCGGAAAAUGGCUCUUCAGAGCUUCAGGGGGGUCCAGCCAGCCGCCUGGGGCCCCCCCUGCUCCUGUGUCCACGCCAAAUCCGGAUUCCCAGGAGCUGGGACUGUCUGGAUCCGGCGGUGGUAGCGUGGCGCCGGGAUCGGAGGACGGGGCUUCGCAAAAUAAUCUGAGGGGCCAAAGCGUACUGCGGGCGCUCCGCUUGUUACGGCAGGCGAAGGCGGAAGACAAUUCCCAGCAGCGGAAACGGAUCGACGCCCUGCCGACGUGGCAGAUCGAGAGCGUCGAUUCGGAGCAGAACGCCUGCGCGGUGUGUCUGGAGCCGCAGACCAUUGGCCUGAAGGUCCGAUCUCUGCCGUGCAAUCACAUUUUCUGCAAAGCAUGCAUCGACGCGUGGCUCCUUCUGGGGGCCGCCACGUGUCCGGACUGCCGUGCGGACGCGUUCCCGGGGGGCGAGCAAGAAAGCCAUUGA